UGAGCGACGGGUUGAGAAUGUGUUCAGCCGGACCUGUUGACUCUCUGUGAGAGUUGAAGUAGUUUAUUUCCCCUUUAUUUGUCUUCUCUUUUGAUCGCGUCCACAGCUCCUGGUGCGGCGUCACAAUGAUACGCUUCCUGCUCCUCUUCAGUCGCCAGGGGAAGCUGCGUCUGCAGAAGUGGUUCACGGCCAUUUCAGAACGCGAGAAAAAGAAAAUCAUCAGGGACUUAACCACAAUGGUGUUGGCACGGCAACCACGCUCCUGUAACUUCCUGCACUGGAGAGAUCUGAAGAUAAUUUACAAGAGGUAUGCCAGCUUGUAUUUCUGCUUGGCGAUAGAGAACCAGGAGAACGAGCUGAUUGCCCUGGAGGUUAUCCAUCGCUACGUGGAGCUGCUGGACAUAUACUUUGGCAAUGUGUGUGAGCUGGACAUAAUAUUUAACUUUGAGAAGGCCUAUUUUAUCCUGGAUGAGUUUCUUAUCGGAGGGGAAGUACAAGAAACGUCCAAACAAAUGGUGAAUCGCUCCAUUGAAGCCUCAGACAUGUUACAAGAGGAUGACAGCAGUGAUUGGUUUGAGGUGGAGCUGUUUGGAUGACCUUGAAUAUGGACAGAAAGACCAUGGAGGAGUAUAUGAGCAAACCUGCAUUUUAACCCCUGAGAUAAAGAGCACGACAAGGAACCGCCGGGAGGAGGAACACAAUCGGAGUCAAAGACGUUUCUGGAUAUGGAGUUGUGUCUUUAUUCUGUUGAACAUUUUCCAAAGAUGAAACGGGCUUAUUGAAUGUUGUCUUCCCUUCUGUCUGAAGCUUUGCUGCAGUGUAACUGCAUUUAAGUCUGAUAUUUGUUCAGCCGUUCACUCAAUUUAAGGAAGGUGGGGUGGGGGGGGGGGCUUUUGCUCACAUUGAUUGCUUAUUGUAAAGGAAGUAGACAUAGGAUAUGGGGCGUAUUAUAGGUUCGUACAUUUGUUGUGUUUUUCAUGUAUUAAUAUGUUGGAAUUUAAUGAUUUUAUUCCAACAACACUAAUGAUAAUAUGCAACUCCAGUUAAUAUUUGAAAUAGAUUCGGACAGAUUGGAGUGAGUCUGAUUAUGAUGAAUUUCUUACUCUUUUUAAGCUUCUUUAACAUGUGUGGAAACACUCGUUUUUAAAAAGAGAUGUCGCUUUUGUGAGUGAAUAUCCCUAUUUAUCAUGUGCAAUUCAUGACGUAAUGAUUAAAGCGUGUAUUUUGAUAAAAAGUC